AUGGGUGUAAUACGCAAGAAGACCGCCUCGCGCGGCACCGAGGCAGGCACAAAGUUCCACUGCGAUGUCUGCUCCGUCGACGUGACUUCAACUGUCCGCAUCUCCUGUGCACACCCCUCCUGCCCUGAAUACGACCUCUGUGUCCCCUGCUUCGGCGCCGGGGAGCUAUCAAAGAACCACGACCCAGCCACCCACCCCUUCCAAGUCAUCGAGCAAAACUCCGUCCCGAUCUUCCAGGAAGAUUGGGGUGCUGAUGAGGAACUGCUGCUGCUCGAGGGCGCCGAAAUCUACGGCCUGGGCUCAUGGGCCGACAUCGCCGACCACAUCGGUGGUUACCGCUCCAAGGAUGAGGUGCGCGAUCACUACAUCGAGACAUUCGUAUAUGGAAGUCACUUCCCUCUCCCCGAUCGCGCCGACCCAGAGGAUAGCAGCCUUCAGAAAUCCAUCUCCAAGGAAGAGUUCCAUACGCGCAAGAAGCGUCGGAUCGAGGAGCGCAAGGAUGCUGCCAAGGCUGCUCCCCCUACAACCCCCAAGCAAAAGCCAACUGCCAGUGUACCCGCAUGCCAUGAGGUUCAAGGUUACAUGCCUGGUCGAUUGGAGUUCGAAACUGAAUUCCUCAAUGAGGCCGAGGAAGCCGUUCAGCACAUGGCGUUUGAGCCUGGGGCGGGCAUCGGUCCCAAUGGCGAGGUAGAUGCGGAAACAGAGCUGAAGAUGACCGUGGUAGAUAUCUACAACUCACGCCUCACUGCGCGCACAGAGCGCAAGAAGAUUCUCUUCGAACACAAUCUUCUAGAAUAUCGGAAAAACACCGCCCACGAGAAGAAGCGUUCGAAGGAAGAACGCGAAUUGUUGAACAAGGCCAAACCCCUUGCUCGGAUGAUGAACCGGAAAGACUUCGACGAUCUGAAUAAGGGAUUAGAAUACGAGCAUAAUCUGCGCCUCGCCAUCUCACAACUCCAGGAGUGGCGACAGAUGGGUAUCGGUGACCUGAAAGCAGGCGAGAAAUACGAGCAGGAUAAACAAAACCGGGUACAGAAGAUGCUACCGCAAGGCUCCUUUGACCGCUUCGCCAGUGCCCGUCCUAAGCAAACACAACCGCCCGAGACGUCGACCGGAGCAAUUCAACUGACGACGCCUGAACUUCCGCUGCGGUUCCAGAAGCCUAGCAAACCAUCCGAGCCGGAGCCCGAGAAUGACUUCGACCGGAUGUUCGCCAUUGACGGCGAUUCCGCACCAUCACAGCCAGCCAAGACCAAAUUUGUGGUCCAGCCGCUGAGUGGAGUGUCUGCAUGGAAAUUGGACAAUGAAGGUGCUGCCGAUCUUCAUCUUUUGACAACCGAGGAGGUAGAACUAUGCAAUGCACUCCAUCUUAUGCCGAAGCCCUAUCUGGUCGUCAAAGAGACACUGUUGAAGGAAGCAAUGAAACAAGGCGGUACUCUGAAGAAGAAGGAUGCACGAACGAUCUGCAAGAUCGAGGGCACCAAAACCAGCCGCAUUUACGAUUUUAUGGUGCACAGUGGAUGGAUCAAUAAGGGGUAG